AGGUGAAAAAGAAAGACACACAGAGGAGUGAGGAAAGUGAGAAAACAGUGAAAAAGGAAAGGAAAGUUAUAAUGCGUCCACCAGGAUUGCCUGUGUGAAAUGGAACUUGAGAGUCUCAGAGAGCGAAGGAUAGUUAAAGCAGAGAAAGGAGAUGAAUGGAGGAGGUGAAGGAAGGAAAAUAGGUGUAGGAGGGGAUGGAGAAGCAGCAUUCCUGACCGCACAGUUACAGAACAGGACGAGAAAGAAGUUAAUCUGAAAUCCAGAUGCCUUAAGGACCAGCAGAGGGUCAAACUAACGCACGCGCACACACACACACACACACACAAACACACACACACACACACAGAGAGAAAGCGCUCCAUCCCCUCUCCUGCUCUCUCGUUCACAGACCUCGGGAGCUCAUGGCUUAAACAUCCACAGGACUAAAACAUCAAUUGGAUACUUUUUUAAGCCUGUUUUUCUUGUAAAACUCUGACUUUCCAGCCUGCAGUGAAAACUAAAGGACUUGUUUUGAGUUCUAGUUUGUACUUCAACUGUUUAUUCUCUCCCCCUUCUGGAGGAAUUUCCAGGUGUAUUAAUGACGUGAGCGGUCAGACAGCCAUCCAGUCAUGGCGCUGUGGUGGUGCGGGUUGGCUGCAGCGUGGUUUCCCCUGCUCUUCUCAUCACUGCUCUGGCAAACGAUCUCCCCCAUACAUGCCAUCCCAUCCUGCCCACGGAGCUGUAGCUGUCCGGGUGUUAAAGAGGUCCACUGUACUUUCAGACACCUCGCCACCAUACCAAAAACCUUUCCUAAAGACACAGAGAGGCUCAACCUCGGUUAUAACAGCGUGACGGAGGUGGAGGGGUCAGAAUUCAGGUCACUACUGCAACUGGAAAUGCUCAUGUUGCAUGGCAACGACAUUAGCACAAUCCACCCUGGGGCGUUUUACAGCCUGAGAUCACUACAGAUCUUGAAGUUGAGUUACAACAAGCUAAUAUCUUUGAACCCGGCUUUGUUUGAGGGCCUUGUUGGCUUAAUCCGUCUUCAUCUGGACCACAACCUCAUCGACUUUAUCGAGCCAUACUCCUUCUCUGGCCUGACCUCCCUAAAACUCCUACAGCUGGAGGGGAACCUUCUCAAAGAGAUCCACCCUCAUACCUUCAUAACGGUGUCACUACUAGGAAGCUUUUGGACCUCUGGACUCAAACACUUACACCUGUCAGACAAUCUGUUGGAGCAGCUCCCUGCAGCAGCACUGAAGACAGCUCCCAGGCUUGAGAUCCUCUCUCUACAUGGUAAUCCCUGGACCUGUGACUGUCAACUGCACUGGUUAAUAGAAUGGAGCUCUACACAUGAAGGAGUAAUAAAGUGUAAGAAGGAACGUGGCUCCAGUGAAACUUGCCCUCAGUGCUCCUCUCCUCAACCCCUGAAUGAGACCCUUUUGCUAGGACUGACUCCCGACAAGCUUACCUGUGAACGACCAGCUCUUCGCUCAGCCCUCAAAAAGUGGGAUAAUCCUGUGUGGGCUGAAUCUGAAGCAGAACCCGACCUCCCGUACACCCGUGACUUUGAGAAGCCUUUAGGCCAUCUGACCAUCGUUCUCUCUGACAGCCAUGGAAACAGUGCUCACGUCGCAUGUGAUAUGCGACAUCCUGGAGACAGUUCACCCAUGACUUGGACAGCAAAUCCACAUUCAACUGGGGGGUUGUCUGUCAAUGUGUCACUGGGGACUGUCCUUGAGUGUGAAAUUGAUCGGGAGAAAUUGCAAAACCUAUGGCAAUUGGUCGCAUAUUACUAUGAAAGCCCUGCUAUCUUGGAGAGAGGUCAGCAGAGAGGAAAUGCAAGCAGAGUAACCUAUCAAUAUGUCCAAGUCGUAAAUGAAAAUUCCCCAUAUUUCACAGAAUUAAAAGGGUAUUUGGUAGCAGAGCCCUCUUGGCUGCUUCAACCCAGAGUCACUUUGAGGCUCAACAGACAGCAGACAACAACCAAGAAACUGGUGAUGGAUUUCACUACUGUAAUAACCAAGCAUAUCAACAGCCAUAGAGGGCCGGCAGAGGACAAUGUCCUUGCCACGCCCUGGGCUCUAAUUCGUAGAGGGACAGCACGGCGGGUUCAGACCGCUCUUGAGGGUUCAAAAGUUAACUUGGAGUGCAACGUUGUCACUUCAGAUCCUGAGGUUAAAGUAGAGUGGAUGCUUCCAGAUUUGUCCAUUGUGGAAGAUGCAACUGAUAAAAUUGAAAUUUCUGAAAGAGAAGAACUUGUGAUUUUAAAUGCCACACUGUUUGACUCGGGCCUUUACCACUGCAUGGUCAGAACCAAAGCCGGUGUGGACUUGAUGCCUCUGAGGCUCACCAUCAAAGAACUCUCACUCAGCCCCACCGCUUUCAAUGGUCAGAAAAUUGUAGUUGAAAAAGGACAGUCUUUUUCCCUACCUUGUGAGGUGACCUCAGUCCAGCCCAGUCAAACUAUGUGGUACUUACCCAAAAACCAAAUUCUUCUACCCACGCAACAGACAAGACGGACAGAAGUGAUGGAAAAUGGGACUUUGGUUGUAAGGAGGUUGACACAGGAAGAUGCAGGGGAAUACAACUGCUUGGCCUCAAAUCUGUAUGGAGUUGACAUGCUAUCACACCUGGUGGAAGUAACAGGAGAAAAGGCCUCUGAUAGGGCCAAAGUACAGACUGCGGAAGAGCAGCAGAUCUUGCCACUUGACGUGGAGGAAGGAGAGGGUUCAGGGGGAGAUUACCAGGAAAUUAUACGUCCUUUUUCUACGCAGUUCCCCAGGAAGGUAGCAACACAGCAAAGGAAUCCUAAUGAGUUUUCAAAAAGGAUAAGAAUUAAAGAUUCUAAGAGAAAACCCAAUAAAUCUGUUAAGGAAUUAGAUCCAAGUCGUUGGGCAGAGAUACUGGCUAAAGCUAAUGCUAAACCAAGUGUUGCUCUGCCCACAGAACAGUCAUUACCAGAGCCCAGCAUUGAAACUGUCCAAUCAAGUACGUCCAAACCUACUACGACAACUGCUACUACUGCUACAUUCAAACAUGCUCCGACAACUGCUACUACUGCUAACAACUUACCCCCUGCUGCUAUCCCUCCUGAUAUUAGGAUAGAGACAACAAAUUUGCCCAUCAGCAGAAAAGCUAAGACUGAAGCCUAUUCUACAGAGAAGAAAAGAUAUAACUCUGAAACAUUGCAAAGUCUGCCAGAGGUUUUACAACCUCCGCCUUCCAGAAGUACAGAACCAACCGCACAUCGUGUUAGUGGGAUCGCAGAAAAAGCAGGAGCUGUCACAGACCCCCCUGCUGUUGGAUCUCCUCAGCCAGUCGAUCAGUCAGAAAAUAAGCACUCUGGAGAGGGGAGAAGGAACAACAACCUUGUUCCUGGUCAGUCAAACAGGAGAAGGCCGCCUUAUAGACGUAGAAAACCCCCAAUGAGAAGAGUCCGUCCUCACCAUUCAGCAAACAAGCCCCAAACAACUGUUCCCCUAACAACAACCACUACACCAACAACAACGACGAUCACAACUACAACUACCACUACUACUACUACUACUACUACUACUACUACUACUAUUACUACUACAACAACUGUUCCAACCACAGUGGAAAACGAUGAAUCCUUAUCUGCUGAGUAUCAGACAGAGGAAGAUGAAGGUGAAUACUUUGAAGAAUAUAAUUACAAGGAUAGUGGUAGUUUGGAUGCCAAGGAAGAUGAUCUUGACCUUACCACAUUACUAUCAGUUAGAGAAAAAGAAGUAGGUAGCUCUCCACCUAAUCCAAAGACGAUUGUCACUCCAAAGCUCGUUAGUACCCCUCAUCCAAAUGAAAGGACUGUUGAAGAGAAAGAGGAUGACACUGUAAAGCUAAGGGUAUCUGAGACACAGAGGGUCGAGAUCAGAACACAAACUAAAGAAAAGGACAGAGACAGUAAAGAUCUUACAGAAGAGGGUGAGAGGGAGGUAAUAACAGCAAUGGAAGGGCAAGAAAAACACAAAACAGACACAGAUGGCAGUGUGAAAGACACAGAAAAAUCUGAAAAGGAGUGGGUUACACAGAGCCACAAUACGCGGGAUAGUAUCCGGUUAACCACACAAAAUAAACCACGAUCUAACACUCAACCUUCACCAGAACAAAAUACACCAACCCAAGCAAGAUCUUCAUCUACCAAGGUCAUUACCUCACAUUCAACAAGAGACAGAACAAGAGAAGAAGUCACACAGAAAGAGGAUAAAGACGUAAACAAGCCAAAAGUGAAGCUUGAGAUUGACAGUUUCCCAAUAAUGGAGCCGGUUCACCCCUGGCUCCAUCAGAACAAACAGGGAGAAGGGCAAACUACUACUUCUAGGACGACACACACAAACCAAGACAGAAAUACAGGAAGACAAGGGGAAAUGAAUCCAGGCAGGCAUUCCCAGCCGCCCAGAGUCCCACCGACGUCCCAUUGGCCUUCACAACAUCAUCAUUACUACCCUUCCUGGCCAGGUCAAAGCUCAUUUCCUCAUCCAAGGCAAGGUCCUGGGUCACACCCUGUGCCCACUCAUAGACCCUGGCCUCUCCCCCACCCCUGGGCUCAAGGCCCGGUUGUCACCAACCGACCAGAGAUCACAGCUGAAACAGUGAAGCCCACACCCACAGUUUCUGGAACAACAGGAAACUCCAGAGUUGUGCUCUCUAAUCCCCAUCUGUCACAGCCUCAUCACCAUCAUCAAAAUCAUCAUGUGGAUGGAAGGACCCAAACCAGAGACCAACUGUUUCUAUCAAGGCUGAGGAACAGAUACAGACAGGCGCAGCUUGAUCGAAUCGCUCAGUUAGGGAGGAUAGUGACACCCAAACCUCACUACAAUCCUCCAUCCCCCAUCACACCUAAACCCAACCCUCCAUCUCCACAUAGACCCUACACCCCCACACCACCAGCACCAACUGCUUCAUACACUUACAACCUGCAACCUCUGAACCAUGCUAAAUCUUCAUCAUCAUCGUUCUCUGGUUUCAUUCCAACCCCUCGUCCUUACCACCCCACCACCCUUGGAGUACUGUAUGGAGGUCGGUGGCCUGUUGGAGCAGGACGAAUCAGCUCUCGGCGGCCAACGGCUGUACCUCCUUUCCCAUGGGUGUUGGGAGCUGGAAGUGAUGGGCUGAAGCCCCAUAUUACCACAGUAACCACAGUUAGUGUGUCAGUACUGGCGGAGAGUGAAGUGUUCAUGCCCUGCAAAGCAACAGGGAAUCCGGAACCCAACAUUGCAUGGACCAAAGUCUCCACAGGUGCCACCAUUGCAGCCAACACCAAGCAUGGUCCCCGUUUUGAAGUCUUCAAAAAUGGAACUUUUGUUAUUAAAAACAUCCAGCUUCAGGAUAGAGGCCAGUACCUCUGCACAGCCCAGAACAGCUUCGGAUCAGAUCGCAUGGUCAUCACCUUAGCUGUCCAGACUGAGGCACCCAAGAUCCAGCCGCCCAAGUACACAGAGAUAGAAGUGUACUUAGGGAAAAGUGUGACACUUGACUGCCUCGCCUCGGGAAAACCACCUGCCCAAAUUUCCUGGAUCCUUCCGGACAGGACGUUUGUACGUGAAGUCGGGACUGUUCACACCCCCCUUUCUCCGAUGUCUCUGCUUCAAAAUGGAACCCUGCAAAUUCAUUCUCUCAAUUUCUCCAGCAAAGGGAACUAUAAAUGUAUUGCAAGCAAUGCAGCAGGUGCUGAUACAAUCACUUAUCAUCUCCAUGUGGCAGCUCUACCUCCAAGCAUCAGUGAAGGAGCAAUGGAUACUGUGAUCAUUCAGCCAGGCAGGAGUCUGUAUGUCCACUGCUCUGUGAAGGGCGAACCAGUGCCCGCUCUGAAAUGGAUGCUCCCAGCAGGUGUCCAUGUUAAGCCAUCACAGUUUCUUGGACGCAGGCUGUUUGUCUUCCCCAAUGGGACACUGUAUGUGAAGAGUGUUUCGCCAGAUGAUGCUGGGAGGUACGAGUGUUUGGCUACUAAUGCUGUGGGCAUUGCCAAAAGAACCAUCCGGCUGGAGGUGAUGGCAAAUUCUCCCUCCCUCUCCCGCCAGCCUCCUCCUCCUCUUCCCAUCCCUCCAACCCAACGCCAUGGUGUGCCAUCCCGACAGCACUCUGUCUCAGCUAUGUACGGUUCGGCGGUCUACCUCCACUGUCCAGAGUCUACCGGAUCCACAAGAGGAACCAUCUGGCAGCUACCCUCCAAGACCAUCUUGGAACAUCGAUACAGUCCGGAGAGACCAAUUAAAGUUUUCCGUAAUGGGACCCUGAGGAUACUUCAGCUAACAGAGCUGGAUGGUGGAAAUUAUCUAUGUGUCUUUCAGCGGCCCAAUGGGGAGGACAUGGAGCUCUUCCAGGUGGAGGUGUUAAUGACCCCUCCCAGAAUUGAACACGUGAGGACUGCACAGACCAGGGUCACUUUUGGAGAAAAUUUCCAGGUGGAUUGUGUUGCAACAGGCCUCCCUGAUCCAGAAGUUACAUGGAGUCUUCCAGAUGGAACUUUAAUCAACAAUGCUCUUCAAUCGGAUGACAGCGGCCUUCGCAAUCGCCGCUAUGUUAUUUUUGGCAAUGGAACUUUACUUCUCCAGCAAAUGGGCAAAAGAGAUGAGGGAGACUACACUUGUUAUGCAAAGAACAAACUUGGCAAGGAUGAAAGAAAAGUGAGCGUCAAAGUGGGACCGAAUGCUCCAAAAAUUAGAUUGAAAUCCCAAUCACUGGUUACAGUAAAGUUAGGAGAAUCAGCUAAAUUGAGUUGUCAGGCAACAGGUGAACCUACACCAAAGAUCAUGUGGAUCUCACCCAGAAAUGAUGUGAUAUCUUUGUCAUCAAACAAAUUUCAGAUCAUGGACGAUGGGAUGUUAGUGGUGAAAAAAGUAGUACUGGCAGAUGAAGGGAAAUAUGCAUGUGUGGCACGAAAUUCUGCUGGUGAUGAUGUUAAAAACAUGAAACUUGAAGCUAAACUCCAGGAUCCCUUUAUCAAUGGCAUGAAAGGGAGGAGCACUGCAAAAGUUUUGGCUGUUUCUUACCAAACAGCUCUUCUUGAUUGCACAGUGGAAGGGAAACCCGAACCAAGAGUCUGGUGGGUUACUCCUUAUGGCCACUCGCUCCCAACACCCUACCUGGGCGGUCGCUUCCAAGCCCACCGGAAUGGGAGCUUGGAGCUGAGAGGGGUGAGGAAAACAGAUGAAGGGAGGUACAUGUGUCUGGCUAAAAACAAUCUGGGGGAAGCCUCACUUUUGGUUGAAUUAGACGUGGCAUCAAUAGCUGAGAAACCAAGUUUUGCUGUUCCCAAUAUUGAAAUUUUACCAAUAAAGCAAGACAGUGGGGCAUUCAACUUGGAGUGCCCUGCUCGUGGCAAGCCAAACCCAGAGUUUGCAUGGGUUCUACCCAAUGGGACGAUGUUAGCACCUGGUGUUAGACUCCAACGCUUCACACAUCAUCUGGGUAACGGAACUCUACAGAUCUCUCAACCAGUUGCGAGUGAUAAGGGAGUGUACCGGUGCCUAGCAAAAAAUGUGGCAGGACAAGCAGAGAAACGUUAUGCGCUGGAGACGGGCAGAAAGCCAGUGAUCAGAGGUUCUACAGGUGGGAUGAAGAUCACUUACGGCCUCAAUCUCAACUUGCCUUGCACGGUGGAUGGCUGGCCACAGGCGUCAAUCACAUGGACCCUACCUAAUGGCCUUGUUUUGGACAAACCACAAACCAUUGGCCGAGUAUUUUUUCUUGCCAAUGGGACCCUCCAACUCAGGCAGGUCGCCACCUUUGACAAAGGAACAUACAUCUGUAAAGCCUCCAACGCUUUUGGCUCGUCAACAUUAUCCUACCCAGUUGCAGUGAUGGUUUUCCCUCCACAUAUCACCAAUACGCUGACCUCAAUUACAAGAGUCAACCGGGGAUCACCAGUGAAGUUAAAUUGUGUUGCAACUGGCAUUCCCAAGCCGGAUAUUUCUUGGACGUUGCCUGGACGCACAACGCUGGUUCCACAUAGCCGGUUCACAGUGCAGGGAGGGAUUCAUAUGACAGAGGAGGGCAGUCUGGUUAUACAGAACCCGAUGCUCAUGAACUCUGGCAUUUACAAGUGCAAUGCCAAAAACGCACUCGGAACAGACUUUAAAUCUACUUACCUACAAGUGGUCUGAGUGACAGUUAUAAUUGUUCUAUUGGGAAAAUGUCACAGCAGAAUUAAGACUGCAUGAGGACUUUUCUAUCAGGAUUUGAAUAUUCAGAAUAAUAAAGAUACUCUGGAUAGAGACUUAAAACUGCCUGACUGGCAGCUUGGCUUGGGACACCUUGCAAAGCUGUUUCCACUGAACAAUGAUGUUUCAAAUGUGGGAUUCACGGAUAACAUUCACCUUUUGUGAUUUUUCACUGCAGUGUUUUGUUUGUUUGUUUUUUGGUGCAAAUGUUACAGAAGUCAUUUAAUUCUAUAUUUUGGACCUUAAAAUGUAUUUUCAUUUCUCUAAAGGCCUUUACACACCAGGGGCGUUAUUUUCGUGCAAUUAAUUUACACAUCAAUAUAUUGUUUUCAAACUA